UGUAGUCAAAACUUUAUGCUGCAUUUUUAUUCAGUAAAGAAGCAGGAAGAGAAGAGUGUCAUUUCCUAGGAAUCCAGCACUGGAGAAACGAGAACAAUUCUUCCAAGGAUGGUCUCCCAUUCAGAGUUGAGGAAACUUUUCUGUUCAGCUGAUGCAGUAUGCUUUGAUGUUGAUAGCACAGUCAUCAGAGAAGAAGGAAUUGAUGAGCUAGCCAAAUUCUGUGGAGUUGAGGAUGCUGUGUCAGAAAUGACACGGCGAGCCAUGGGUGGGGCAGUGCCUUUCAAGGCUGCCCUCACAGAGCGCUUAGCGCUGAUCCAGCCCUCCAGGGAACAGGUACAAAGGCUCAUAGCAGAGCACCCCCCCCACCUGACUCCUGGCAUAAGGGAGCUGGUAAGUCGCCUGCAAGAGCGAAAUGUUCAGGUUUUCCUAAUAUCUGGUGGCUUUAGGAGCAUUGUGGAGCAUGUUGCUUCCAAGCUCAAUAUCCCAUCAACCAACGUAUUUGCCAAUAGGCUGAAAUUCUACUUCAAUGGUGAAUAUGCAGGUUUUGAUGAGAUGCAGCCAACAGCCGAAUCUGGUGGGAAAGGAAAAGUUAUUAAACUUUUAAAGGAAAAAUUUCAUUUUAAGAAAAUUAUCAUGAUUGGAGACGGAGCCACAGACAUGGAAGCCUGUCCUCCUGCUGAUGUUUUCAUUGGAUUUGGAGGAAAUGUGAUCAGACAACAAGUAAAAGACAACGCUGAAUGGUACAUCACUGAUUUUGUAGAGCUUUUAGGAGAACUUGAAGAAUAAUGUCAAUUUUUAUACAGUUUGUAACAACUUCGGUUAAUUUUUAAAAGUUAUACAGUUUGAUACCGUUUGCCUAAAAUUGCCUAUUACAACUUAAUGUAUAGAUUUGGUACUCAUUAUCUGUACUUCAAGUAAACUAUGGAAAACUGCUUUUUUUAACUGCAGUCCUAGUGUUAUUAUGACCAUUAAUUACCUGGAUAGUUUUAUAAUCUUAAUUCUUUAUGUAUUUUCCUAUCUGUAUUUUAUUUGAAGCCUUUUAAAGGUGGAUAGUAAAUUUAAACACCGUCACUGUUGGAAAUAUGGGUUAGGCAGCUUUAGGUGACUAUUGGUUUUCCCUGUGGUAGGUAAAUAAAAGUUAUCCAUGUAUCAGAA